AUGAUGCUUGAAUUGGCACAGUAUCUUGAAUGUUGGCUGUGGCCAAACUUCGAUGAAAAAAGCAGUCGUGCCCACAUUAUAUCCAUUUGUGUCAUGGUCAAUGAGAAAGCUCGUGAAAGAGUACCCAUUUGGCAGGAUCUGGACCCUCUUCUCGCCCAUUACUUGCAUAGGAGUUUGCUACUUCUGAUCGAUUUAUCCAGCAUGUUGAUGACUCGCCGAUUCCUUAUGAUCUUAAUGGACGAUCGUCAUACAGUGAUACGCUGUCAGAAUUGCGUCCUCUACAAAGCAGAAGGGAAAAAAGAGGGUUGCUUGUUCUCUGAACUUGUUGACAUUUUGACCUUUUAUGCUCAGUUUCAAGUGGAUUCAACUACGGGGGAAGCAGUGGAUGCAAUUGAAUUAGAUCGAAGGCAUAAUUCAUAG